AUGAACUGUCCCGAAAGCCCCGAGUUCCUACGUGGCCUCGAAGGCACAGAUGUCACUCUUGAUCCCCCAUCCGAGCCGCCUCUCGGUCUGGCCCGCCAAACCUGGGUGAUUGAUAGGAAGCUCUCCGAACGACUCCAUUGCUUGACACAGCAGGACGUUUCCGAGGGCCUUGGGCUUCCAUACGCAGCUGCCAAGUUCCUCUGCCAUCGGAAGGGAAAUCCUGGCAAGAACGCCUUUAUGCGGAUUUAUCUUCAGAUUCCGAUCCUCGGUACUCAAUACCAAAGCCACCAGGUUCGACGAGACCAGGCUGCUAAGCCACAGCCGCACAUGGAGUUGACGACCUUGAAAGCCCUCAAGACAUCAGGAUGCGAUGUCGUCCCUGACCUUCUUGGCUACCAAGAGGGACAGCAAGGUGAAGAUUGUAUAAUUCCGUGCGGUUAUAUCACUUUUGUGGUCUGGGAUAAAGUUCCCGGGGAGCCUCUAAGUGCAGACGCAUUCUGGGCUUUAGAUCUGAAGUCCCGCCAAGCGAUCCGCGAAAGAUUUCGCGAAGUCUUUCCGAAGGUGAAGAAGUGUGGCUACCUGCCACGCAGGUCAACUAUGUCGAAGAUCAUCUACGACAAUGCCACUGGGAAUAUGCAUCUUUCAGGAUUUGCACGAGCAGGCCGUACUGACAAAAGUGAAGAGUGGCAUGACAAGUACUACGUUCAGUUUGGUUUGGCCAAACCAUCUCCGAAGACGAUGGACUGUGAGAAUGAUCCCGCAGGAUGGACUUGGUGA